UGAAAAUGUUCUACUUACCGAAACGAUGAGCUCCACCGAAAAUUCUCCUAAAACGAAGCGCUGGUCAAAGUACGUACGUGAUGUUUACGACCCAGUGCAGGUUGGGUCGAUCGACGGAACGGACCAGGUACCGCACGACCGGGCACUGGUACGCGCUAUCAACUCCAGCUAUCGGCCAAAUCGAAAGGUGAAAGGUAAUCCGAUGCACACGAUUUUCGUCGGUCGGUUGGCACAUUCCGUUACGGAGGAACAGUUACGCGCUAAGUUUGCACCCUUUGGCACAAUCGUUCACGCACGGUUGGUCACCGAUAUCAUUACCGGACUGCCCCGAGGAUACGCGUUCAUUGAGUACAGUGAUCGGGAUGAGGCGCUGCGAGCAAUCGACCGCAUGCAUGGGGUAACCAUCGAUGGGAAGGAGAUCCUCGUCGACGAGGAAUGGGAAAGAAGGUUGGAAGGUUGGAAACCGCGCCGCCUGGGUGGUGGUUUUGGGGGUAGGAAAAAAUCGCAACAGUUAAGAUUUGGCUGCAAGGUACAACCGUUCCGGAGGCCUAUUCUUGAGCCGUCCGGUACCGGUGCCGGUGUGUCGAGUGUGAGCGAAUGGAAUCGUCGGGUUCGUCAUCGAAAGGAAGGAGGAUCCAAGUCUACCAAAAGGGACAAAACCAAUGAUGGAUAG